AUGAAGCCCGCAUCGCGGCUUUUCUACUUGUCGCUCUUUGCGCUAUGGAGUCCCGAAGUCCAGUGCAAGAGCGAUGAUAAAUCAUGCGCUAUAUCACCUAAAGCCAUCGUCAGUGAUGCAUGCGCCUCCUAUUCCACUCUCGAACAUCUCAACCACGACGUCAAGCCCGCACUCGACGACCUAACACGGACAACCGACUUCUUCUCCCACUACCGCCUCAAUCUCUUCAACAAGCGAUGUCCCUUCUGGAACGACGAGAACGGCAUGUGCGGCAACAUUGCCUGCGCCGUGGAGACCCUCGACAACGAAGAAGACAUCCCCGAAGUAUGGCGCGCCAGCGAGCUCGGCAAGCUUGAAGGACCGCGGGCUAAGCACCCGGGCAAGUCCGUCCAGCGACAAGAACCGAAGCGCCCACUCCAGGGAAAGCUAGGCGAGAACGUAGGCGAGUCCUGCGUAGUAGAAUACGACGACGAGUGCGACGACCGCGACUACUGCGUGCCGGACGACGAGAGCGCAGCCUCUAAGGGCGAUUACGUCUCCCUUCUGCGCAACCCAGAGCGGUUCACCGGAUAUGCCGGCGACGGCGCCAAGCAGGUCUGGGACGCUGUCUACCGCGAAAACUGCUUCCAGAAGUCCUCCUUCCCCCAGUCCGCCUCGCUGGGCGAGACCUACUCGGUGCCCAAGGGCCCCGCGGCCCAGGAUUUCCGCGCCGUCAUGCAAGCCGCUGGUCGCCAGCAGGUGCUUGAGCAGCAGCGCGAGCAGAACCCUCUCGUCCCCUUCGUCGCCAAGACCGGUCUCGAGCUCGAAGACGAGUGCCUCGAGAAGCGCGUCUUCUACAAGGUCGUCAGCGGCAUGCACGCGUCCAUCAGCACGCACCUCUGCUGGGACUUCCUCAACCAGACCACGGGCCAGUGGCAACCGAACUUGUCCUGCUACAUCAACCGCCUGCACAAGUUCCCCGACCGCAUCAGCAACCUGUACUUCAACUACGCCCUACUCACCCGCGCCGUCGCCAAGCUGGGCCCUUACCUCUCCUCCCACGAGGAGUACACUUUCUGCACGGGCGAUCCUGCCCAAGACGCCGACACGCGCGCCAAGGUCCUUGCCGUCACCUCCAAGGCCGCUAACAGCGUUCCCGGUCCCGUGUUCGACGAGUCCCUCAUGUUUAAGAACGGCGAGGGUCCUUCGCUCAAGGAAGACUUCCGCAACCGGUUCCGCAACGUCUCGAGGCUGAUGGACUGCGUUGGCUGCGACAAGUGUCGGUUGUGGGGCAAGUUGCAGACGGCUGGAUACGGGACCGCGCUCAAGGUUCUGUUUGAGUUCGCUAAUAACGAUACUCCCGCCGCGACAACUUCCACGAGUGACGAGAUCCCGUUCAAGCUUAAGCGCACCGAGCUAGUGGCGCUUUUCAAUACUUAUGCGCGGUUGAGCAGCAGUUUGGAGGCUGUUCAGAAGUUUAGGGCGAUGGUUGAGGAGACUGAGACUGAGUCCAAAGAGUCCCACGAAGAAGUCGAAGCAGCCAAGAAGUGGACGCAUCACAUCCCCGACCGCGCCAAGAAGCCUAGACACGUUAUCGUUUCGACACCCGUUGCUCCUGAUAAUGACGCAACUACUGCCACAACAGCUGCGGUAGACGAGACCACUGCGGCGGGAGUUACUCCCGCUGCCAAGGUCGAGGAGAAGAAGGAGCAGCAGCAGCAGCAACAGGUACAGGUACAGGUCAAGGAGAAUGACGAUGAUGAUGAGUUCCACGAGUUCCAGGAACAACCACAACAACAACAGCCCGACACCGACCCCAAGUUCGCUUACAAGAAGAGAACCAUUAAGGAUGACAUUGACAGCGAGUUCAAGGCGGUGUUUGCGGCGUUUAAACUGGUGAUUAAGAGCUAUGUGCGGUUACCUGGGUUGUUCUACGAAAUCGCGAUAACAGAACUCAAACGCUUCUGGCAAUUCUACAUCGGCUUGCCCGUCAUGCCUCGGACUUGGGAGUUUAGAAGACCCAGUUUUGAUGAGCUUUGA